ACUAUUACUAUUUGCCAAAAAGCUUUAGGAAAAGGUGGAAAAGCCAAAGAGGAAGAAGAAGAAGCAUUGUAAUCGAGGCCCUUUUUGGUCGUUUCCCUGUCCAUUCUCCUUGCUUUACUCUCUCUCUCUCUCUCUCUCAAACAAAUGGAGGGUCUGUUCCUGUAUCAGUAGUGAACUCCGAUCCAAGAGGAAAUGAGAAAAUGGAUGCGGCAGAGGAAGAAUUAGAGAGAAGGAGCAAGUUCUUGAGCAAUCUGAUACAGAAGAAGAAAGCCAUUGAUGAAAAGCAACAUGUACAGAAUGAUGGAGUCAACAAUGUUCGUGUUAGGGCUUCUGACAUGCCAAUAGCCCUUCAAAACAAAGCUUUUAACUGUGCGAGAGAAAAUCUAGACUCCAUGAAAGGGGAGAAGCUUGAUAGCAAACGUCUAGCUCUCGCCCUUAAGAAGGAUUUUGAUGCAUCUUAUGGCCCAGCUUGGCAUUGUAUAGUAGGGACGAGUUUUGGUUCGUAUGUGACACAUUCAGUUGGAGGGUUCUUGUACUUCUCUAUCGACAAAGUUUAUAUCCUUCUUUUCAGAACUGCGGUUGAGCCUUUGGAACAUUGACAGCAGCCAUCCAGAUGGUAUAAGGUAUGGUCGAUUGCAGAGAUCUCAGAAUUUGAAAUAUGGAAGGUGUGGAAUUUGAAGUGUGAAAUUUGAAAUGUUACAACUUUAUUCUUGUUUGUUUUGUUAAAGAUUCUAAUUAACCUAAAAUCUUUUUGUAGUAAUUUGCUUUACUUCUUUUUCUUCUUCAA